AAGCUGCCGCACUUCCACUGUCGGAACUUAACACUGUGACACCCAGCGGAAGUAAACAACAAGGGCGCUAGUAUUUCAGUUGAGCAACAGUGGCUGCAGUUUAGUGUUUGAGACAGUUUGUCAACGAGCGACUACUUGCUGCUGCUGAAGAAAUAUUCGGAGUUUUUGGAAAAAACUAUUGUCUUUAGUUUAUUAAAUAGUACCAAAUGUCCUUUGAUUCCCACGGAAUAAACCGAGAUCGAUGUCCAUACUUUCUACUGGCGUUACAAGUUUUGAAUCAAAUGAAUGCCAUCAGUUCAAAGCGGAAAGAAAAGCUGCCGCACUUCCACUGUCGGAACGUAACAUUGUAACACCUGUAGUGAAAAGUAAACAACAGAGGCGCUUGUCGCUUUAACUGCAUGCACGCAAACGUGAAGCCGAUACUGUGGUCGUAGUGCAGAACAUUACUCCAGUUAUAUAUAGAGAAACAAUGUCUGCAGUUCAGUUUUUGAGACAGUUUGUCAACAAGCGACUAACUGCUGCUGCUGAAGAAAUAUUCGGAGUUUUUGAAAAAACUAUCGUCGAGUACGAAGAAGAGAUCGAUCGUCAGCGCAUACUGCUGGAUGUCGUUUGGAAACCUGAAAUCAAGUUACACAGGAUAGAGCUCCCACAGCAACAUGUCUGUAAGGAGGAGGAGGUUCUCACUGACCAGCAGCAGCUCUGUAUUCAGGAGAGGAACUCCAGUGUGGACCAAGAGGAGCCAGAGCCUCCACAGAUUAAAGAGGAGGAACAGGAGGAACUCUGCACCAGUGAGGAGGGAGAGCAGCUUGUCCUGAAGCAGGAGACUGAUGCCUUUGUGUUGACUCCUACUCAUGGUGAAAGUGAAGACCAGACUCUGAACUUAAGUAUCAGUGUGGUGGAGGAACAGCCUCUAAACUACAUUUCAGUUAAAAGCUCUGUGAUCCCGAAACAUAACCGUGAUCCCUGUCUGCUCCCUCACAACUCUCAUGAAGCUGAGAGCCAAAAUCAGAGUGGAGGCAAGCAUGGAGACUCAAGAUCAACUAGAAAUGCAGAGCCAGAACCAAAGAAGAGACAACACAAAAGCAACAGUGACAGUAACAAUGUGAACAACUCUAACUUGUCAGGGAUUCAACGUAAAACUCAAACAGGUAAAAAGUCUUUAAAAUGUCACAUGUGUGAGAAAGAUUUUAGGAAUAAUUCGGAAUUGCAGAAACACCUAAAAGUCCACACAAAUGAGAAGCCAUAUUCUUGCAAAACAUGUGGGAAAGAUUUCAGAUCUACCAAUAACUUAAAAGGCCACAUGAGAAUCCACACAGGUGAGAAGCCAUAUUCUUGCAAAACAUGUGGGAAAUAUUUCCGAUCUAGCAGUCACGUGAUAGGCCACAUGAGAAUUCACACAGGUGAGAAGCCGUAUAUUUGCAAAAGAUGUGGUAAAGCUUUCAGACUUGGUAAUCACUUGAUACGCCACAUGAGAAUCCACACAGGUGAGAAGCCGUACCUUUGCAAGACCUGCGGGAAAGGAUUCUGUUCCAUUUCAGGAUUGAAAAGACACAUGAGAAUUCACACAGGUGAGAAGCCGAUUACUUGUACAACAUGUGGAAAAGAUUUCAGAUGUAGCAGUAACUUAAAAAGCCACAUGAAAUUCCACACAGGUGAGAAGCCAAACCUUUGCAAGACCUGCGGGAAAGGAUUUUGUGCCAAUUCAGGGUUGAAAAGACAUAUGAAAAUCCACACAGGAACACACCGUGCUUAGACAAGGACAAGCAAUGGCUCCCAUGUUAUCUUGUUUAGAGUAUUCAGUAAAAUAUUAUUCUAUGCAAACAGUUUAAUAAUAAGAGGGAAAGUAUGUAUCAUAAUUCCCUAACAGGAAUGAUACGUAUUCUCUUUUGUAUGCAGACAACAUAGUUUUACUGUCACCUUCCAAAGACAAAAUGCAGCAGAUGCUCUCCUACUCUGAGUGGUGUAAUAAAUGGAGAUUGUUUAUUAAACAGAAAAUCCCUUUAGAAAACCCUCAUCUACCUGCAGUACCUAGUGUAAAGAUUGAUAACAUAAGAAUUUCAUAAAAGGUGUUAAGUUUUUUUUAAUGAAAUGUUUUAUGUGCUCAAUUGAGAUCUGAUAUCUUACCUUGACUGUUGAAAGUGGACGGUAUGUUGUCUAGUUGUCUGUUCUAGAAGAAGAAAAGUGAAUGUGUCUGUGUUGUCAGACCGAUAUAGAAAAUUAUUUCCUUUUGACUGUCCUUUUUAAAUGUGAACAGUGCGAUGCAUUGUUUAGGAAAAUAAAAAUUAAUAUUAAUUUUGUAAAUAUGUUUCAUGCUGAAAGACUGAAAUGGCUGUUUACAUGUGAAACAUAUACAUUAGCCAGUAAUGUAGAGAAAGCUUGGGAGAAGAGAGAAAAAAAACUCUACCAAGAUAAUCUAUAGAUAUUUAAUAGUUUUUGUGUUUUUGUGAACAGCUCAUUUGGGAUACUGUUUUUGUUCUGUUUUUUGUUUCUGCUCUUGUUCUUUUUCCUUUUACACAUGCUUGUGAAAUGGUGAUGUCUUGUAAUCCCUUGUGGCAUGACACAGAAACAAAAAUAAAUCUAUAUUUAAUUA